AUGUUGGCAACUAAACUUCACAUAAAUCCUACUUUUGAUUCAGUAUCAGUAUCUGACGAUGAAUUAUCGCCACGAAGCUUAGACAGGCGAGCUGGCAUAAUCGAUGCUGUUGCUCAGGCUGCAUUUACCGAGAAGAAGUGGGUUUGGGUAGUUGAUAAAGAGGAAGGUUAUGUCGCCGGUUACAUUACGAAGGACAUGGGGGAUACGGUUGAAGUCCACUUGAAUGACGAUACGACACGAGUUGUUCGCAUGAACGAAACCGAGAAUAUGAAUCCGCCAAAAUUUGACAAAGUCGAAGACAUGGCUAACCUAACGUAUUUAAAUGAAUCAUCUGUCAUACAUAAUCUCAGACAACGAUAUCAGUCGAACCUGAUCUACACAUACUCGGGACUUUUCCUCGUUGCAGUGAACCCAUACCGAAACCUUCCGAUCUACUCUGAAAAAGUUGUUCGAGCAUACAAAGCAAAACGACCAAUUGCUUGCGACAAGGCCAAUACGUCGCAGCUUGGACAACUUGAACAGCAAAUUCUUCAAGCAAACCCAAUAUUGGAAGCAUUUGGAAAUGCUCAGACUAUACGAAACAAUAAUUCUUCGCGUUUUGGCAAGUUUAUUCGCAUCGAGUUUAAUUCGCGAGGUCAAAUCGCAGGAGCCAACAUUGAGCGUUAUCUGCUUGAGAAGUCACGCGUAACCUCACAAACUUCCCAUGAGCGAAACUACCAUAUUUUUUACCAAUUGAUGAAAGGUGCUCCUUCCGAAAUCAAAGCUUACUUAUUAUUGGAUGGUACACUUGACGAUUAUCGUUAUACAAAGACAUCGAGAAAGGACAUUGAUGGAGUUGAUGAUGCGGUUGAAUUUAACGCGUUAACGGGAGCCAUGGAUGUAGUUGGUUUUACUAAACAGGAACAGCUCGACCUAUUCCGAGUUGUCGCUGCAGUCCUCCAUCUCGGCAACAUCCAAGUAACAGGGUCACGAGAUAACCAAGCCUACAUAACCGACAAAUCAAUCGCUGAGAAGGUCUGUAAUAUUCUUGGCAUGCCGGUCGAUGAUUUUGUAAAAAGUUUACUUAAACCACAUGUGAAGGCUGGCCGAGAAUGGGUGGCUCAGGCACGAACUAAAGAGCAAGUCAUAUACUCAAUUGAUGCGCUUGCUAAGGCACUGUAUGAGAGAAACUUUAGUGCUAUUGUUGAUCGCAUUAACCAGACUACUGAUCGUCCGACUCAGAAAGAGACGUUUAUUGGGGUUCUUGAUAUUGCUGGAUUUGAGAUCUUUGAAGAUAAUAGCUUUGAGCAGCUGUGCAUCAACUAUACUAACGAGAAACUGCAGCAGUUCUUCAAUCAUAAUAUGUUCGUUCUUGAACAAGAAGAAUAUAAAAAUGAGAAUAUUAACUGGAAAUUUAUUGAUUUUGGCAUGGAUUUACAACCAACGAUCGACCUGAUUGAAAAAACAAAUCCUGUUGGUAUUCUUUCUUGUCUGGACGAAGAAUGUGUUAUGCCAAAAGCUACAGACAAGACUUUCAUGGAUAAACUAAAUCGUUUGUGGAACAGCAAAUCACCCAAAUACUCCAGUCGUCGCUUUACAGAGGGAUUUGUGCUCCAACAUUAUGCUGCUAAAGUAGAAUACUGCACAACUGGGUGGCUUGACAAGAACAAAGAUCCAUUGAAUGAAAACGUUUCCAGACUGUUAGCACAAUCAACGGAACCAUAUAUCGCUACUCUGUUUUCUUCUUCAUCAUCAGACGCUGUAGAUACGGGUGCCAAGAACAGAUCCAAGAAACAGUUUUUAAGGACGGUUGGUCAAAGACAUAAAGAACAGUUACAUAUCCUUAUGCAGCAGUUGUAUUCUACCAAGCCCCGUUUCGUAAGAUGUAUAGUGCCGAACGGAGAAAAAGCCGCCGGACUGAUUGAAGUACCAUUGGUAUUGGAUCAAUUGAGGUGCAAUGGUGUUUUGGAAGGAAUCAGAAUAUGCCGAGCCGGAUUUCCGAAUAGAUUGACAUUCAUAGAAUUCAGACAGCGUUACGAAGUAUUAUCUCCUGGUCUACUGUCCAAGAGCACUGCCGAUGAUAACAAGAUAGCAGAGGAGUUGUUGAAAUCAUUUGGACUAGACAAUUCACUGUACAGGAUCGGUAAUACUAAAGUGUUCUUCAGAGCUGGAGUGCUGGCCGAAUUAGAAGAAAUACGCGAAACGAAACUAUCUCAAUUGUUUACACGCUUCCAAGCUCACUGUCGCGGACGCCUUGCUCGGCGCGAUUAUGCCAAGCUUUCUGAAAAGCUUGAUGCAAUAAAACUUAUUCAAAAAAAUGCCCGUGUUUACAUGCAGCUCAAGGAAUGGCCGUGGUGGAAACUGUAUUCAAAAAGCAAGCCUAUGCUUAACGUUACUAGGAUGGAUGCUAAACUCAAGGAAAAGGACGAUAAUAUACGGGAGCUUGAAUACAAUCUGAAAAACGAGAUUGAAAAAAGGCAAGUUUUGGAAGUAUUGGUUCAACAAUUGCAAGCAGAGAAUAAGUUAUUACAGGAUGAGAGGAGAAAGAAAGAUGUAUCUGGGCUGGAAAGAGAAAGGAAAUCAUUACAGGUGCAACUUGCGGAAGUCAAGGCAAGAUUAGAAAGUGAACUGGCGCACAAGCAAGAAGAAGGAGCUGCAAGAAAGAGAUUGACCAUGGAACUACAAGAACUGCAACUAAAGUAUGAAGCAGAACAACUUAAAACUGCCAAAGCAAACGAGAAUUUGACAUCUUACAAGUCCAGAGCUGAUGGGACUAUGUCAAGACUCGAAAAUGCAAACCUAGAAAGAUUGAAGGCCGAAAAGAACGAAGAAUUUCUCAGACUUCAAAUUAAAGAACUUGAAGAUUCUCUUGCAGAUGCCAUCAAUGAUCGCAAGAAUGCCGAAAUUCGGGUUAAAACAUUAGAAGAUCGGGUUGCAGAACUUGAAGCUAAGAUAGAUGAUGAUGCCGCUGUUUUUGCCGAUUUUGAUCUUUUACAAAAGCGCCUUCAAGAUGAUUUUGCUGAUGAGCGUGAGCGAUAUAAGCGCGAUAUCGAAGAACAAGAAUACGCUCUUGAACAAACGCGUCGUAAAUACCAGAAAGAACUUGAACGGCUUGCAAAUGAAGUUGAGCUGGAACGUAACAAUUUAGCUAGAAUUCGCGAAGAGAACAAACUGCUUCAAAAGAAGGUGGACAAUCUUCUCACUGAAGCCGAAGAGGAAUCUCAUACGGUGAUGACAUGGAAACGAGAAAAGGAAAUGUUGGAAAACAAAGUAGCCGAUUUAGCGCAAUUGUAUAAUGAUGCAAUGACUUCUCAUGAUGAGCUCCAAUCUCAGGCGAAUAAUCUUCUUGCUGAAGUUCGUGAACUUCGCGUUGCGUUGGAUGAGGCCGAGUCAGAAAAGAUUCAAUUAGAGAGAGCAAAGAGAGUUUUGGAGAUGAGGUUGGAGGAUAUAGACGAUCAAUAUCAGAAUGAGACUCAAGAUAAGCAAGCAGCAGUAAGGAGUAUUAGUGUGUUGGAUGUGGAGAGGAAUGAACUGAGACAACUAUUGGAUGAGCAACAAGAUGUUGUCGCUACGAUUAAUGAGAAGUUGAGAAAGGCUGAGUUGCGAACGGUUGAAUUACAAGCAGAGCUGGUUAGAGAAAAAGAAGACAAUCAAGACUUGUUGAAAGUUAAGACUGCUCUUGAAAAGCAAGUUACGGAACUUAAUCUUCGUGUCCUCGACCUUGAAACAAAAGCUUCAACUACACCACGUGGAGUCAAGCGUCUAGAAUCGCGUCUAGAAGAACUAUCAGCCCAACUCGAGCAGGAAAUGAGGGAAAAAAAUGAAACUUUGAAAUCGUUACGUAAGACUGAAAGGACAAUUAGGGAAUUACAAUGGCAGUUAUCUGAAAAAGAUAAAAUUAAAUUGCGAUAUGAAGACGAUAUUACAAAGUACGAGCAGAAAGUGGCAAGAAUGAGACAAAAUAUUGAAGAGCUUCAAAAUUCAGAAAGCGCAUUACAACUUGGACAAAGACGUGCUACACGUGAAGCAAACGAGUCUCGUGAACGGUCGCUCAGACUUGAGCGUGAAGUUGAGAAAAUGAAAUCACGACUUGAUCGAUCAUCAGUUUUCUCUGAAUAA